UUCAUCGCCACCCAUUCUGUCCCGCGCACAGUCACUCGACUCGAAUUUCCGACUCUAUUUAGAUUUUUUUUUGUUUACAAACGCGGAUGGGCCACACGGGCCUUCUCGGAAUUUCUCCGGCACGUGAAACUGAAAGAGAGAAAAAAUUUUCGCGAUAAAGGGGCGUUCUGAAACCGUCGAAAAGUCAUAACGCAUCGAGACGCCACCGACGCGUACUCGUACAGUCGAGCGUUGGUCCUUUGUUUUUGAACGCGCGGAACAAGAGAAUAUUACGAUCGAGUCCUCACACGUCACGCAUACCUCGUUAACGAGUGAGAUUGAUCAUGUCGGGGAGGAAGAGGUCACAGAGUAGAGUAACUGAUGCCAUGAAAGAGGAGUUGUUGAAGUGGCUGUGCAUACAGCAUGCCACCAAUGGACCUCUGAACAGGGAUAUCCUGAGACAAAAGGCUAAUGAGCUGGUCAGGCAUUUUGAGUUGACCUCGUUCAAAUGUUCCGAGUCCUGGCUGACGCUCUUCCUAAAGCGCUACCACUUCACGACAAACCUCUCGGAGGGCGUUGGCCCUCUCUUCGACGACUUCCACACCUGGGUGACGCUGAUCCGAGGGCUGAUAAACCAGUACAGCUACGAGGACCAGUACCACCUGGACGAGCUGACGAUGUACACAGACUUCCUCCCCUGCUCCCAGCUGCAGCUGGACGAGGUCCCAGACGCCCCAGUGGACAUGUCGACCCUGAAGCUCCAGCUGACGACCCCAGCGAUGCACCAAACGACAAUCCUCCUGGUGUGCAACGCCACAGCCACCCAGAAGCAGAAGCCCCUGGUCUGCGGCCCCUACCCAGCGCAGGACAACGAGACCUACACGUACAUCCAGAACUCCUCAUCGAGGAUCUCCGACGAGAUCCUGAGUGCCUACCUCUUCAUGCUGAACCGCAGAAUAGCGGAGAGCAAUCGGGUGAUCCUCCUCUUCAUGAGUCGCACUCGCAUAAACGUCCUGAAGCUGGUGCACCUCACCCACAUCCUCCCAGUGUUCCUCCCCUACCGCUUCCCCUCGCACCUCAAGCCCCUCCGCCAGGACGUCGCCCACUCCAUCAAAAUGUCGUACCGUAAAUCCUACGUCUCGAGGCUGUGCUCGCCCGACGCCAGCCACUGGACACCUCAGGAGAUCUCCGAGACACUCGUCAACACGUGGCUCCAACUCCCACGUGAAACGAUCGUCGUAAGAUUCCAGAGGACUAAAUUCAGGGAUGACGACUCCUUCACCAGCUUCGAGUGCCCCGAGUGGGAGGGACUGGAGACUGGGGUGCCCUUCGAGAGGUUCGUCACCUUUGACGAUCACCUGGGGGAGACUGUGGGCCCUCUGAGGGACGACUUCAGGUUUUUAACGAACGUCAAGCACAAGUUCAAUCUCAAGCCCUCGAGGAUUCCUGUGGAGGAUUUCCAGGGCUCUGAGUCUCAGCCGAGCACUUCUGGGGGACUCGGGGGUCUGGAGAGACCACUCGACGAUGCUGAUGAGGGCCAGGACGAGGCGAGAGUUCCUGUGGAGGCGAGACUUCCUGUGGGAAUUUCUGCAAAUGGGGGUGACGAUCCCCAUCGAGAUUCUGGUGAUCAGGUGAAUGAAGCUGAGAUGCCAGUGGCAGAUGACGCUGACGCCCCCCAGGAGCCCCCCCAGGAGAGUGAGAAUCCUUCGGGAACUGCUGAGGAAAUUAAUUCCUCCAUCAACUGCUUGUCUUCAGAAACUUCCCUGAACCAAACCGAUGAUGUUGCCACUCCAGUCAGAAAACUAUUCGAGAAUGAUUCGUCCCUGGUGGCAGCUAGUGAAUCCAUCGUCCAGUUUGAGGACACAAUGAGCCUCAACAGUGUCUCCAGGGGUGAGUCAACGAUGACUGAAGAGUUCGACUCGACUCUGGAUAACUCUCUCGCCCCUGGAGAGGAUCCAGAGGGGACUGCAUCAGCCAGAGCUGCUGACUCCGUCGAUUCUGGGGUUCCCGACUCGUCAGGGGGAGCUGAUCACCACGAGGAAGUCGAUGUGUCUUCGUCGAUGGAAGUGGAAGCCCCUGGAACCCCUCCCAGGACCAGUGGACUAUCAGCGGACGUUUCGUUCUCCACUUCGUCAGUAAAAAAUGAUGAUGAAGACGAGGGGAAUGAAGAUGACUCUUCAACUGCUGUUCUCACGCCUCUUGUGAAUGUUGAGGUUGAGGAUGGGGCGUCCCCGGGGGCUGCCCUGGCUGCUGAAUUCAUCAGUGACCCGUCCAGAGAGGCUUCAGGACUCGGGGAGGUGCUUGACACCUCGGCUGAGGGGAGAACGCUCACAGCUGAGGCUUUCGUUGAUGAACGAAUUAAAUAUUUCGUUUCAACAGUUGAUGAAGAGCAGGCUGAAGCAGGGGGUGAUGGUAACGAUGAAGCUGUACCAUCUGAAGGGCUGGGGGACGACGAGUCGACGGAGGCUGUUGAUAAAGAACCAGAGGACUCAGAGUUGGAGGAUAAGGAAGAUAUUUCCGAGGGGAAUACUGCAGGACCAGCAGACGUUGGGGGUCACAACGGGAUUGACGAGGUAUUCAGUGACGAUUCCACCCAGGAAGCCCCCCCACCCCUCCCCCACGUCACCGAUAAGGCAGGAAUUUCCGGGGAAAUAAUCGUCAAUAACUUCUCGGUUGAUAACACGAUCGCAGAUUCAGAGGGUCAGCCCCUGGAGGUUUCGGAGACCGUCAUCAUCGAGACGAUGAUAAAAGUAGAGGCUCGGGACAAUGAUCCUGGGGAACUCGCCCAGAUGAGGGCCCUGACAACGACUCCAGUCGUUCAGGAUCAGUAUGUCCUGGAGAAGACGAGUUACUCGACUGAGUCGGCUCUGCAGGAGGCCUCCAGGGAGCUAGAGGAGAAGUUGAGGGAUCUGGAGGCCAGUGAUCCCUCCAGGAAGAUCUCCAGCUUCUUCGAUGACGAGGACACCUCGGAGUCCAGCAAACAGAGCAUCGAGGCGGCUUCUCUGCUUCGAGAUCUUCUGAAUGAGGCCAAGGGGUUGAGCGAGACUUCUGGCUUCUCCCAGGGGAAGUACCUCCUGGGGGAGGGCGAGCCCAUCAACUACUACAGGGGGAAGAGGAGGAGGGAGGGGCAGGACGAGGGCGAGCCCGACAAGAAGAAGCAGAUGCAGGAGAAUUGGGCCAAGUGCUUCGAGAAUUUUCCGGCUUUUGGGCCCUACAACUUCGAAGAGGGGGACGACAAGAGGGGGAACUUUGGGGCUGAGGUCUCCGCUGAGAUCGAGGUCAAGAGCGAGGAGACGUGCGGCUUCGGCUGCAGCGAGGAGACCCCUGGACCCUCGUGCUCCUACAAGAAGUGUUAGAGGCUUGCUCAACUAGAAUUUGGCGCGAGGAAAGUACAAAGUUUAUCUUUUUUUUCUUUUUGUUUUUGAGUUGAGAUUGCUCCAGGUGGGAACGUUGAACGUUUCUCACGAAGUUUUGGACGUUAUUGAGAUUUAGAAUUUAGAAGGUGUUUCUAAGUGCAUAGGAUUGUUUAGUGAUUGAGGGCGAGGGGAGACUGGACAGUUGCUUGUCUUUAUGAUUAUUCAAAGUUUUUUUUUGAGUUUGCUGAUUUUUUUUUAUAUUUCUUGAGAGCAGGGUUUGAGGUUUCUUUGUAUUGAUUACACGUUUGACAAAUACACGAGUUUUUUGAUAA